AUGUCGCGUGCGCGCAGGUCCACCCGCCGUUCAGGCGCGACAGCUAAAUACACCGACGACCCCUUCGAACUAGCCGGGAUCACCGUAUCGGACGAAGAAGAAGGGGGAAAGGGAAAGAAAACAGAUUCUACGCGACAAAAGGGCAAGGGGAAAGCGGCGGCGGUCGUCCCCGAGCAUUCAUCGGGCGAAGAGUUCGAAGCGGAGAACGACGUCGAUGCGGAGGACGACGAAGAAGGCGACUAUGUCGAUGACGGUACGGACUCCGCCAACGAAGACAAUGGGGAUGAAGACGUGGCGUUCUCUGAUGAGGGCGAAUCGGUCGCCAAGGUCCAGAAAGGGACUCCAAGGUCACAGCCGCGACUUCUCAAGCAACGCCGGCCGGACGGUACCCUCGUGCAGAAGCCGGAGGAUCUUCACACCCGGGGUACUUGGAAUCCGCUGGAACAUGUGGGGAAGGCGGUACAUCUGCGUGUGACGUUUGGCAGCGACCGCAAGGACCUGCUGUCAAUUGUGUAUGUGAGGGACCGAUGGGCGGGCGGUAUCGAUUCGACGCUUCCUUCGCGGGCCACGCUCAACGGCGCAGCGUCUCAGCCGGAUUAUGAGUACGGGUCGACCUGCGGGGCGGAGCCGGAUGCUGUGCGGAGAGAAAUGACCAGGGGCUGGGAUUGGUACUACAGCGCGGCUGUGGGCGCGCGGUUUCGCAAGCGACAGCGACUGGAGAGCGUCGCGGAGGAGGAGGCUCGUCAGGUGUACAUACCGCAGGUGAAGGACAAGAAGCAUACUGUGCUCAUGGGACCAGCGGAUGACCAGACGGUUUUCGAGCUUGCUCAACACGACGUGGUCGACUUUGGUGAAGCCUGGGAAGAGGAGAUGGGCCUGAAAGACUCUUCUACACGCGAAAAGAAGCCGGGUAGCAAGUCCUCUCCCGCCGCAGAGCCAAAGCAGUCGCGGCGGAAAAAGCGACAGGGCUGGAUGAUUAACUUUGGGCAGAAGGUGCAAUGUAUGGCCUGGGCUCCUAACCAAGGUGGCCUCACACAGUAUCUGGCUGUGGUGGUUCCGAUCUCCAAAGAGCAAAAAGAUCGCUACCCAGAUCCUAUGAAGGACCAAGCUGCAGCCUCGUUCCGUCCCUCACCUCCCUACUCAUGCGCCCUACAGAUAUGGGCUUUCAAGGCGGAACGGUCUGAUUCUCUCACUAAAACUCUGGAUAUGAAGUUCAAGCCCCGGCUGCGGUUGGCCCUCUGCACAGACUGGGGGGAUCUCCGGCGGAUAGCCUGGUGUCCAAUGGCUCGCGAGACGCGAGACGAGGAUGACGAGGAACCACUCAAAAACAUUGGACUUCUAGCCGGUGUUUGGAGCGAUGGCUAUGUUCGAGUGAUUGAUGUCAAACUGGGCCGUGACCCUAGUAAGGCAGAAUUCUACAAAGCCCACUCCCCUGUGUUCGAAGCGAAACCACCUUCGACCGUCUGCACAUGCGUAACUUGGCUAUCACCGAGUGACAUCGCCGUCGGCUGUGCCAACGGUUUCGUCGCUAUAUGGAGCAUUGCCCCAACAGCAAACUCCCCACAAAACCCUCUACCCUACUUCUACCAACCGAUCCACUCGACGUACGUCCUCAAUGUUGCCUCGGCCUACCCAACAAGCCCCCAUCUACUAUCGACAACGUCCAUGGAUGGCGAGACCCGCCUAUCCUCAAUCAUCGACUAUCAAACAGACAUGGUAGCAACGCACCGCAUGCGCGCCGGAUCGUCCCACCUCACCUACUCCCCACUCCUGCACUCAUUCAUCUCCAGCGACGAGAACGACUUCGCGCGCCUCCUCGCUAUCCGCCGCUUCUACACGACCUCAGCCGUCGCCCGGCUGCCAAGCACCGUAUCAGCCCUAGCACCCAGCAGCACCUGGCACCCGAGUCUACUCUUCGGCUGCACAUCCGGAUCCGUCAUUGCCACCAACCCCCUGCGCCGUCUCCUACACAGCAAGGAAAAGCAAUGGCAGCAGACGUGGUUCACGCACGAGUGGGCCAAAGCGACAGAGGCAGACAGCUCCGGCGUCAGCCGGUUCUACGACGGAUACCGCGCCGAGAGCGUGAGUCUCCUGCGCAACAUGAUUGGCGAUCGCAAGAUGGUCAACGGUGUCAUGGUCAUUACUAUCUUCGAUGAGGAAACCCAUGUCACUGCUGUGUCGUGGAACCCGAACCAGACGUGUGCGGGAUGGGCUAGCGCCGCGCUGGGAUGCGGGUUGGUAAGAGUCGAGGAUUUGGCCAUUUAACUUACGAUAUGACGGGGUGAAUGGAUAUUUGCUCCAUUGAUCAAUGCGCACCUCAGAGCAACAGCAUGCCAGAUCUUGAAAGUCCAGGCUCACGGCCUCAAUCAAUGGUGUUUCGCUCGAUACACUCAU